AUGAAAUCUCUAUAGCAAAGCACUUAUAAACAUCAAAUAUUGUCUGAUGUAUUCUCUGAUAUCAACUUCUAUAAAUAUCGCAGUCAGUCAAAUACUGAAUAAUACACUCCCCUCAAGGGAUUUCAGAUUGUUAAAUUAAGAGGUCCUUCUCGAUUAUCAGUUUAAUAAUCUUAAUAAUCUAUUAAGACUGUUAAGAGCAUUAAAAAAAGAAACAAUUCUCAAAGCAAUGUCAGAUUUGAUCUCUUCAAACAUGUCAUGGAAAUGGAUGAUAGUGAAAUGCAUGAAAAACUUAUGAAUCUUUUUGAAAUCGACCUUAAAAUGCGUAAGAACUUGGAAAUCAACAGAAUGAUAGUGCAGGACAAAUAAUAAUCCUCAGCCCAAAUCGACGAGAUCUAUUAAGAGAUUUUAUUGAUGUUAAGCAACACCAUCGAAAGAAUACAUCAAUAUAUCAAUGCCAACAAUCUCGAACGCUCAAACUUGAAAAAAGCACAUCGUAGAACUGCCGUUGAAAUCGAGCACCAAAUGCAAGAGUUCAUCAAUAUGAUGUUAACUGCUAUUGCCAAAAGAGAUAUGACUUUGGCAAGACUAAUCGAAAAUGCUUGGAAAUUGAUAUCUGUUGCAAUAGAAAUGAUAUUACAAAAUGGAAAAGCAGAAUAAGAAUAUAUCCAAUAAGAAGUAUUAAAUGAAUUAUAAUAAGAAGUUGUGCAAUUAAAAUAAUAGAAUGAAGAUAUCUAUCAUAAAUACAUGGAAGUCUCUGAAUUAAAUAAUAAAUUAACUCAUUAACACAAACAAGAAAUCAAUAAUCUAACUUAUUAAUUGAACAUGGCAAAAGUUGAAUUUAAUGAUUACAAAUAAAAUCAAGAGGCAUAAAGUACUUUAGAAAAUGCUACUGGAAGUCUCAAGGAUGUAGAACUCAAUCUCAAAGACACUCAUAAGAUAUUGAAUAAAAUCGAGGAGAAUAUUAGUAACAGAGAUACUUAACUUUAUUAGACAUUAAAGUCUGUUGUCUAAUAACAUAAAAUGGAUAAGGAUAGUCAAAUGAACAAAGCAUAGAAGUUGAUUAAUAGAUAUUAACUAAAAUCAUUAAAUACUAAGCAGUGUAUUAUAGCUUCCGAAUAUUUCAAUCAUCCUUUUGUUUAGUAUUUGGAUAUUAAUUUUGAAUACAAUUAGCAAGAUGAAAAGUGCAUCUAAUAAUUGCUUAUUGAUUGGUUUAAUUAAGAAUGUAUGAAACCUUAAUUUGGUACUCACCCAGCUUAAUAGAGAUUGGAAUAAAUAAGCACUUAUGAAAGGAGAAGCAAUGCUGAAAGUUUUAUUCAUUUUUUAACUAAAAAUGAUAAUCUAAAUCAAUUACAAAAUUGCAUUGCUUAUAUAAGUUAAAACUUAGAGAUGGGUGAUCUAAAUUAAUUAAACAAAGUAGAAAAAUUCAAUAGAUAAUUUUGUAUAUUUUUCGGCGUUAUUUUCCAAUUUGACAUUAACAAUAUAGAAAUUGAUUUGUUGACUUAUGAUCGCAUAAGAUUUUUGUAUUCAGGUCUUGUUUAGACUAACUAAGAAGAACAAAUUCAGAAUUAAAAUAAAUUCUAAUGGUACAAUUUUAUUAUUUAAAAUCUGGGUGAUUUAUGUGCUUCAAUAUUUCUGGAUUAUUCAGAAAAAGUAUCAAAUUCUUAAUAGACAAUUAUUUAAAUCUUUGUCUACAUUAUGUAAUGUGAAAGUGAUAAGAGAAAACACCACAUAAAGAAAUUGAUUGAGGACUUCAAGAAUGUGGAUAUUGAAUUGAAUUUACAAAGAGAAAGAAUGUAAAAAUAUGUCAAAGAAUUAUGCUCAUUUUACAACUACUAAUAUAAUGAAUUGCAUGUAAUUCAAUAUGCCUAGGCUUUAUUUGAUCGCUAUAUUCGAGUUUAUCAAACUGGAAGAAAAAGAAAUGGUUUAGAAAUCGGAGAGUGGAUUAGCUUUAUUUAGGAAUUGUAGCAAAUAAUGAAUAAGUUAAUAUUAAUUAAACCUCAUCUGCAUCAUCAAAUCUUUAUGCUUGAAGAUCUUCAAUAUGUAAACAAGGAAUUUUAAGUGCAUACUCGAACUACAUAGAUCGAAAGAAGGGAAUCACAAAUAAGAAAAAAAUGA